AUGAAGGGGAAGGGCAAGAUCCAUCCGUCGCCGUCGCCGGCGACGUCGACGGAUGCGGGGGAAGAUCAGGGAGUCGAGUCCCUAGCCGUGUUCGCCCUCCUCCCCUUGGCGAUCCUCGCCCUCACGGCAGCGCUGAGCGACGAGGACAAGGAGGUGCUCGCCUACCUCCUCACUCAGUCGAUCGAGGGUUCGCCGGAUGGGAAAUGGAAUAACCGGGAGCCGGGGAAAGGCCAGCACCGCCCAACUUACGGCUGCGGAUGCUUCGACUGCUACACCACCUACUGGUCGCGCUGGGAUCGGUCCCCCCAGCACAAGUUGAUCCACCAAGUCAUCGAGGCCUUCGAGGAGCACCUGGCGAGCUCGGAGAAGAAAGGAGACACCAGCUCGAAGAAGAAGAGUGGCGCCAAAUCGAGGGUUCGGCGGAAGAAGCAUAAGUCGGCAGAGAAGGGUCGGGAGAAGGCGGAAAAGAAGGAGUCGAGUAAAGAUGCCGAAUCGGAGAUGAAGGAAGAAGCGGAGAACUUCGUGAAAGAGGAGGUUCCGGCGGGAGCUGCUGACUCCGAGGCAGAGGCGACCACCACCACCGGCGGACGGCGGCGGAGCUGGGCGGACGCGAUUGGGAUCUAUAACUGGCGUCUAUGGGGAUUUUGGGGGUCCGGAAACCAAAAACUAGCCGGAGAAAAAGAGGAAUAA